AUGGCUCAGGCGCUCCUGCUCUUUCUGUUCUUGUACCUGUUACCUCCUCCAGGUCUUUCCUAUCCCCUCGGCUUCUCAGACCUGGCUUCGGAUCUGCCCAAGAUGCAGAAGCUGCUAGACACAAGGGAGCGACAGGCGGAGCGGAUGGCUGUGGAUUCUCACGAGCAGGACCGCGUCCCUGUCAGAGCCCAGAAGACCAUGAAGACAACCUCCACAAAUGUUCUCUGGGAGUCCCUGAAGACAACCCCCACAAAUGUCCUCCGGAAGUCCUUGAAGACAACCCCCACAAAUGGCAUCCAGACCAGUGCCCUUAAGCCUGUGCGGGUCGCACAAACCCGCAACAAGAAGCCCACUCCUGGCAGCUGCUUUGGGCGGAAGAUGGAACGCAUCAAUUUACAAAGCGGCCUGGGCUGUAAUGGUGAGUCCUCACCCUAA